AUGGAAGCUCAACAAGAUACCCCUAAACCUCACUCUUUGCGAAUAUCGAAACCAAAGAAAAGAACAAAGAAUCACGAUCAAGGUCGUCAAAGCCAUCGUAGGUUAGCGACCUCGAAUGUAGCUAAAAUUUCAUCCAAUAAGGAGUCCUCCAGAACGAAGAAAAGGCGAGUUGAUAGCUCCUCAUACAGCCAUGACAGUGUAACGCAUGAAUCAAUGAUCGAUUUGCCAAACAGGACGAACUUCGGCAGUCCGACGGCUAACCAGUUAGAACGAGCCGAGGAUAUUGCAAUGCUUCAGAAUGGAGCACGAGUCAAAGUUUUGAGUAGUGAAGGAGGCGAUCUGGACCAACGUGAUAUUCAGAAUGAUUUCUCCAGCAGUACUCUGGAAAAGUUGAGCAAAAGACAACAAGAGAGGUUGCUCACAGCUGCUAAUGCAAUGGUGGAGGAGGAGGAAAUGGUGCCAACAUAUGUCGGAAAUGAAAAACUCCUCCCUGAGGGUAUUGCCAAUGAGAAAACGUCUGUUACCAAUGUACAUGAAAACCUUGCUCGUUCUCCAUCUAUAGGGGUGCCUCUGAAUGGGAAUUCAGGUCAUGUUGGGCUGCCAGAACUUCCCAAGCACAGCUAUGAUGGCAUUCUGGAUAUUGAUGACUUGAUUUUGAAAACAUCACAAACAGCAAACAAAUGGUUUGAAGAGAAGAUUCCCAAAGAGAAAAGAGGAAAGCCUCGUCCCUUCGUAGCAGAUGAAGAUGCGAUUAUUGACUACUACUUGGCUGGUUUUUGCCAUUUCAAAAAAUGGGAUAGAAAUGACUUGUGCAAUCGAAUAUGGACAACUGACCGCACCAAGGAUAAAUUUUGGAAAAAAGUAUGCAAGGCAAUUCCGUAUAGGACAAAGUCUAGUAUUUAUAAACACAUCAGAAGACGGUAUCACAUCUUUGAUGUCAGAGCCAAGUGGAGUCCAGAAGAUGAUGAAAAGUUGAGAAAUUUGUCUGUUGCGCAUGAGGGUCAGUGGAAGACUAUUGGUGAGAUAUUGGGAAGAAUGCCUGAAGACUGUCGAGAUAGAUGGAGAAACUAUAUCAAAUGUGGGCCGGGACGAACAUUGCAAAAAUGGACACUGGAGGAGGAAAAUAAAUUGAUAAUUAUUGUCAAUGAAAUGUUGCAUAGUAUAAGGUCACAGGGGAAGGGGAGCGAGGAGAAACCUGAAUCUAAAAUCAAUUGGACUGUUGUAAGUGAACGUAUGGAUGGGAAGCGCUCGAGAAUCCAAUGCCGCUACAAGUGGAAUCUGUUGAAUGCAAAGAAGAACAUGAUUGAGGCGCCAAAGAUGAGUAUUGCAACGAAACUUUGGCUAUUGCAAAAAGUUUUAAAAAAGUAUCCUAACUCAUUAGAGAGUAUCAAAUGGCACAAGGUGAUGAAGAGUUAUGAGAAGAGUAAACCGGAUUAUGCAAGUUGGACAAGGAAUGAAUUUGAGGAUUACCUAAGUAGCCUUACCCAACAGCAGUCUGGGAAUUUUAAUUUUCGGGAUCUUUUAUUGAAUGAAAUUAACGUUUUGAAAUCGCGGUAA